GGUAUUAUAUUAAUGUGUGCUUAAUUAUAGAUGGUGGAAAGAGCUAGGUCUGGCAAAUGAGUUAACUUUCGCGAGAAACGAACCAAUAAAAUGGUACAUGUGGUCCAUGGCAUGCCUCCCAGACCCACGACUCUCAGAAACAAGGAUUGAGCUCACAAAAGCACUCUCCCUGGUUUACAUCAUUGAUGAUAUAUUUGAUUUUUGUGCAAAUAUUGAUGAACUCACUCUCUUUACAGAAGCUGUCAAGAGCUGGGACAGGGCAGCCAUGGAGCAAUUACCAGAAUACAUGAAAGGGUGUUUUAGGGCUCUUUAUGGCAUAACUAACGAAUUUGCUUUGAAGGUCAACAUCAAACACGGAUGGAAUCCCAUAACAACCUUAGUAAAAUCGUGGGUAAUGCUCAUGAAUGCUUUUCUGGAAGAAGCAAAAUGGUUUAGAUCAGGGUACGUGCCGAAGGCAGAUGAGUACUUGAAGAACGGAAUAGUGAGCACUGGGGUGCAUAUGAUCCUUGUGCACUCUUUCUUUUUCAUAGGUGAGGGUAUAACGGCUGAAACAGCCGCUGCAAUGGAGGGAAUACCAACUCUGAUAUCUACAACAGCCACCAUUCUAAGGUUGUGUGAUGAUCUGGAAGGGGACCAGAGUGUUAAAGGUGAUGCGAAUGAUGGGUCGUAUAUGAAGUGCUACAUGAUGGAGCACCCAGAAGUUUCCAUUGAAGAGGCACGGGAGCAUGCCACUGAAUUAAUUUCGAAUGCAUGGAAACGUCUGAAUCAAGCAUGUCUCACAGAUGCAAAUCAGUUGCCAUCAUCUUUCACCAAAGUUUGCCUCAAUGCUGCUCGCAUGGUUCCUCUCAUGUACAGUUAUGACAUAAAUACUCCAUCCAAGCUAGAGGAGUAUGUUAAAUCGUUGCUUCAAGGUGGUGCCAUGAAAAGUAUUCCGCAAGAUUAAACCACUGUUUCAUCAAGUAAUCUUACAUCAACUGACAUACUGUAGAUCACAAACAUUUCAAAAUGUUGAUGUUUAGAAUCCUGUAAAAAAAUAAUUAAUGUGUUGCUAUAUAAAAUUGUAUUCAAUUUUAAUUCUUGCAUCAAUCAAGCCAAAAGAACCUGUAACUUCUUUGGAAAAAUUAUA